AUCGACCCUUUCUUUUGUCUCACUCUAAAAAACUCAUUCAUCAACUCCAUAUUCUUUAUUUGGAUAGUUGAAACCAUCGCUGGUACUUUAGGAUCAUAAUCAAUUCGAUGAUCAAUAUGGCUUGGUGGAUGAUGUUUUCAAUCAUGGCAACGAUGAUGAUGAUGACGACGACGAUUCCGGUCUUAGCCGGAGACACGAAUCCCGUGUUCGACCCCUGCACGGAUGCACAAGUUGCGAGAUUCGAUGGUUUUACAUUCGGCCUUGCAUUUUCUAAACGGAACGAUUUCUUCUUCGAUGGCACUCAGCUCUCACCCUGUGAUUCUCGUCUCUUGCUGCCGGCAAAAGGUGCGCAGCUCGCGCUUUUUAGGCCGAAGGUUGAUGAGAUUUCUCUGCUUACUAUCACCACCACCACCACUCCCAAUUCGAGCGAAGCUGAACGAUACGUGGUGGCUUUUGCUGGACGGAAGUACGCAGCUCGAUCUCUCCCAGUGUUCGUUGCAGACAACGAUCACACUGUGACCAGCUUCACCAUGGUUCUUGAGUUCCAGAAAGGCACCCUGCAGAACUUGUACUGGAAGAAGUUCGGGUGCGAUUCGUGCACGGGGAGCUCGUUCGUGUGCCUCAAUAACACUGACUGCACAAUCAAAAACUCCAACUGCAGAAGCAACGGAGGCUCUACCGACUGUGACGUGGGCAUACAGUUGGCCUUCUCCGGCACUGAUAAAAACGACAAUGUGCUCAACUCGUGGUACGAGGUAGCAAAGCUCCGGCAGUACUCUCUCUCCGGCCUAUACUCAGGAUCUCAGUGAGCCUGUUACCACUUCUGAGAUUUCAAGAUUUCAUUGUGUUCAUCUCUGCAUUUCUCACAAAAAUGAUGUUGCAAUGUUGUGAUAGGCAAAUAUGCUUAGUUUCGGUUCUCAA